CACCAGGGCCACCUGUCCACCGUCGUGAUCGUAUCACUUGUACCAGAUGUUGUUUGCAUUUUGCUUGCCGAUUGCGCGAUCAUCAACUUGGACUAAACUUCAUAUUUCUCAGCAUGCAUGACAUGUCAUUGCUUUGGUUUGUGAUUUGAGCUUACUUAUUAAGUAAAACAAAACUACAGGCAGAAUGGCGACCAGGGAUCCCUUGCUCAGCAAUCUGAAAGCUGUUCUGCUGAGGCUCAAGGAGGCCAAGCAGCCAAUCGCGGACAGCAACUCAGACCUUCAGGUUCUCUGUGAGACCGUGGAAUGCAUCCUCCGCAAAGGACUCAAGAAGCCUGGAUCUUUGUUUGGCUUGUACAAGCGGGACUACUGGUGUUGGAUGGAGUCUCUGACCACCUCUCCUGGAAGUGAAAGGCUGCAUCCUAUGUUCUCAUUAGCCAUUGAAGCCUGCAAGUCAUCCACCAAGGUGAGAACACAUCAGGGGCGUGGUCGUUUGCUGCUGCGUAUCUGCCUCCACAAGAAGAUUCUUGCCGUCCCCAUCGAGCAUCUGCUCAAGAACUGCCGGAUGCUAGAAAUAUGGUAUGACCCAUUGAUGUCAAUUAUUGGAAGUGAACUUCUAGUAGAAUCGCUGACAUCACUUCUAAUCUGGGCCUCAGAAAUCCAUUUCGAACUCAAUAUAAAGAAUGCAAGUUUUCUCGACGAGACAUGGACCCUGCCUGUCUACCGGCAGUACGAGUUUGUUCCGUCCAAGGACCUAGGGGUGAUCAUCAAAAACAUCAAGCAGCGGGUCUUUGUGGCCAAAGUCAAGCCCGACAGUGUAGCAGCCCACAAAGACAGGAUAGAGCCCGGUGACAUCCUGGAUGAACUCUAUGGGGAAUCUCUCUAUGGCAGUAAGAAAGGGAGCAGGAUUCCCUCGUUACUUAAGCAGCACGAGGGGUGGCCAAUUUACAUAUCAGUAAUAAAGUGCCAUUUGCGAAAUGGAAAGGUCUUCUACAACGUGAAGGACCACCUCUCCGUUUUGAGGGAUGAGUUUGAGGGCUUCACGAUGCCUAUCGAUAGAGAUCUAAACCACAAGAAGAAGUCAUCCCAGAACAAAGAUGAGCAAGAUAUUUCGCACAGACUAAAUGGAAGUUCUGUUCAUAAAGUGAAGUAUGUAGGGUGCACAGAUGUUGGCAAGGAGGGUGGGACCUCAGUCAUUGAAGGUGCUAUCUUGAAAGUACUUCAAGAACAAGGCCGUAACCCGACGACAUAUAAGGAUGUGUACUUGGAGUUGGGAGAGACCAAUCUGAUUACCUGGGAGUCUUCAGACGGGGAUCGUGUCGUCAUGAAACACUGCUACCCCGAGAUCUCAUCCUGUGGUCGCCGGGUUGAUGCACUUCUCUACUUUGCAUACGUUGCAGGUGACACAACAUGUACUAUAUCUAAGCAGUUCAAGUGCUACGUCUACUUAGCAACUUGCGACAAGGAGAGCAAACAGAUCUUGACCAGCAUUGCUCAGGGAUUUGGGAGGACCACCUGGUUUGUCUAACCAAUCAUGUUCCAGGUACCAAACAGAUCUCUCCAUAUUCCUUCAGUACAGAGACUCCUGUUGGCCGGCUCUUGGUAAGGCAAACCACCUCGUUUCAGCUUAAUGUACCGGGUAUUCUUGUCAAUCACCACAGCACAGUACUGUAGAAAAUGCCAUUUGCAUGUAUCAGAAAACUACUUGGACAUUCAAGUGCAGUGUAAACUGAGAAUGCAAAUGAAAACAAUUGUACUUCCUGAAAAAUACAGAGAAUCAGCUCUGCAGUGAUUCUUACUAAAAUCUUCAUCUAAAUGAGCAUAUUAUACAUGUAGGGGGCUGAAAAAUUUUCUACUUUAAAAUCAUUGUUUAGUAUGACACUGUAUAUUUUCGGGUGAAAAUUGUAAUGAAAGAAUUCUUGUAUAUAUUUUAAAAUGUACAGAUAUCCCUUUAUUUGUCCUUCAGUCUGAUGAUUAGAUGUUUAAUAUUUCAUCCUUAUUUAUCUAAAUAUGUAUAUUUAUCUAGAUAGGUGAAUUUGUCCGGAGUAAAACAGACCUUCGGCUCAUAGCACUUCAGUUUGAAAUUAGUUUUGCACCUAAAUCAUUGGCAUAUUGUUUGUUUUGAAAGAUUCCAACCAUGUGGUUUAUUAAACAAUGUGUACCAUCAACUAUCCUAGAUUCAGAACUUAAAUAAAAUGUAUGGUUCUUGGCUUCAUGAGCUGUGGCACAUUCAGGCAGUUUCUUAAAAUUAUGACAUUUCAUCGGACAUUGUUCAAAUCUCAGUGACUCAAAUUGAUUUCAAUUUGACAAUUAGGGCUCGACUGGGCCUUUUUGGCUUAAUGACUCGAUGUGAAUCACUUCUUAAAAAUGAUCUGACUCAACUAAACCCACUUUUAAAGUGAUUCACGUUGACUCGAGUCAAACAAUAAACCUUUGCGAGUUCAAUUUGGAAACUGAUUCACUGAGUUAUCUGAUUGCUGUUAAACACAACGAUUCAAUUCCACAGACUAAAGACACUGUUGCUAAACAAUGUGGUUUAGGGUAAGUUUAUGCAUAGCCACCACCAUCUCUGGAAUGGACUGGUUCCUUUGUGCCCUUCUUAUCCAUGGAAAAUGCUGUGGAAGGUGUCACAUAUGUAACCAAGCAAAAGCUUGUCCCGAAUCAUGAGGUAUAGCAAUAAUGUCUUCAGUAUGAAAAAUUUAAGUUUACUCAUGUGAAUUUCAAGAACUCAGCUUUGAUUUCACGUUUAACUCACAAAAGGCUUAUUCAGUGACUCAUUACAACUCUUUCCUGGUUGAUGAAAAAUACUAAAAUUAAUGAUCAGAGUGCGUUUGGCAGGUAUGGUACCUGUAAGUACCAUAAUUUCAUGAUGCCUUCCUUUUUUCCAUUUCAGGUUAUUUCUGAAAUGCAUGUAGGUACUUAAUUAUUAAUGCCAAAAGCAGAAGACAGUUUGGAUAGUGACGUUUCAAACAAACAGGGCAGUGAUACCCUGUUAUUUAUGAUUCUUUUGCCUUAAUUUAUUCUGUCCACAACAUUGUGUGCAAUUUUCUUGUGCUUCAGUCGUAAAUAAGUCAGGAUUUUUUCAAACUACAGUUUUCAUGUAUUUAAUAUAUUGAGGUAUAGAAAGUUAUGUGAUUUAUGGGGAAAGUGAAAUCCAAAGGUUUUUUUCGUGUAAUAUUUUUAAUGAGCUGAAUGUUAGAUAUUGUUAAAAUAUCUAAUCAGUUAUGUGACCUGGUAUUAUUAUCUGGGGAUAUGUAUAGUGUUGAAGGAGUGUUGAG